CUCCUAUUUUGCCUUUAGGCUUUACCCAUCUCUUGUAGCCUUUAAUAAAUACAACAACAACAACAACAUGAAAAUUUCCUCGAGAAGCAACAAUAAUGGCAGAAGUUGACAAGCCCACCAAAUAUAAUGUUCGAGAAUAUGUCUGCCAUAUAUUAUCCUCGCCUAUCGACGUUCGUUUUGCCCCUUCAAUGAGAGACCAAGCCCGACCUAUCGUUACUUGUGAAGAAAUUCGGAAUGGGAGAGACCUGUGCCCCCACAGGGUUAGUGGUCGUAAAAUCCUGGAGAUUAGCGGGUCUAUGAUUUUGAAAAUGGGGUAUGGGGUUUCAAUGGGAGAAGCGGAAGCGAUGUGCCUUGUCCCGAAAGUUUUGAAUGCUUAUAUGAUUGAAGAUAUUGGGUUUAUUUUAAUGGAGAGGAUGCCAGGUAUUCCUCUCGAAGAAUGCUGGGAUCGUCUGUCUAUCGCUGCUCGAAAAUCUAUCGUGCAGCAGCUCAAAGAUUACGUACAGCAAUGGCGCAGAAUUGAAGGUACUUUCUUUGGGUCUGUGGAUGGCGGCCCUUGUGAAGAUGUCAUAUUCAAGCAUCCCUGGGGAACCAAGCCCUAUCGAUACGGCCCGUUCCAAACCAGGAAAGAGUUCAAUGCAGGCAUUAUUCUUGCUCUCCAGAGAUCAAGACCAAAUGAUCGACUGAUUGGUAAAAGAGAUUGUAUCCUAGCGGAUAGGAUCCUUUCCUCUGGGGAAAAUGGCCAAGAUGAGAGGAAGACUUUCACCCAUGGUGACUUGCAUCCCACCAACAUCAUCAUCGACGAUGAUAAGAUAACUGGUAUUAUUGACUGGGGUGCAUCGGGGUACAGUGUCGCUUCAAGGGAACACUUUGGAUUGAAAUGGGCAACUGAUGAGCCAUCAUGGAGAGAGCUUUCAUCUUCGAUUCUCGCCUCAGAUGAGUAUGAGUUCUGGGCGGAAGUAAAUAACUCCAUGACAGACUACACGGGAAUCUGACUAAGUACAUACAUAACCCAGUACUUCCAACAAGCAUCCCAGAAAGAAAACGCGAUGAGGGCGCAACAUGGUAAUGACUCAGUAGGAA